AUUCAACAUGAAGAUCUAUUGCUUCCUUUGUUUGUUCCUGUUCGUCGUUAUUGAUGUUGCAGAUUUUGAUACCCUUGACUCCGAUGUUCAAUUAGCCAACGGGAGACCAGCAUUUCCAAAAUACUCAAGCUAUCAGAGGAAUUCACGAAAAAUUGAUUGGGAUGAUUUGACGAAAUUCGUAUCUGAGUAUAAACGAGGCAAAAGUAUUUUCGUUCCAAAAAAAUUCAUGCACAAAUAUCUGAAGAAACACGGAGACGGGAAAUCAGGACACGGAAGAAAGCCAUCAACUGCAGAACCGCCAGUGGGGACUUAUGGGUGGAAGAAUAUUCCUGGCGAUUACGGAAAAUACUUAUACUUCUUGAAGAAUUCAUCAAACGCUCAAUGGAAUGAACUAAUGAGCACAUUAUUCGAUCAUAAACAAGAAAAAAAUAAUUACGUUCCGAAAAAUGACCCGAUUGCAGCAGAAAAAUUGGCCAAAGCAGAAUUCAUGAACAAAUUUCUCAACGAAUACGGAGAAAAAUUAAUAGCUCUCGGAAGAAAGCCAUCAACUGCAGAACCGCCAGUGGGGACUUAUGGCUGGAAGAAUAAUCCUGAGGAGAUGAAGAAAUACUUAUUCCUUCAGAGGAAUUCAUCAAAAUAUGAGUAGUCAAUACUUCGCAUAUUUUGUAAUGAACAAUUGCCGUGCAUCUGUUGAACUUAAUCUUUGAAAUAUGUAAUUGUAAUAUUGUAAUAUUGUUUCUUCAUAAUAAUAAUACUGUAGUUAGUCUGUAACUAAUUUAACACAAACUUAAUGAUUUUAUUUUCUGUAAUAAUUAAAACAAUAAAUUCAUCUCUG